AUGACAGUGGGAGACACAAAAUUAGAAAACUGGGACCAAGAUUUCUUCCUGGUGGAGUUGGACCGUUGUGUCCAGAAUCACGACCUGCUGGCCGACCUCUUCAUCAGACACGAGCGUCGCCUCCACAUGUACGUGGUUUACUGUCAGAACAAGCCGAGGUCAGAGUUCAUCGUCAUCGAGUACGAGACCUUCUUUGAGGAGAUCCAGCACGAGAUCAGCUGCAGGAUGUCCAUCAGCGACUAUCUGAUCAAACCCAUCCAGAGAAUCACCAAAUACCAGCUGCUGCUGAAGGAUUUUCUCAAGUACACGUCAAAAGCAGGACUCGACUGUGAGGAGAUCGAAAAAGCGGUGGAGCUGAUGUCGUUGGUGCCGAAACGUUGCAACGACAUGAUGAAUCUGGGACGCCUGCAGGGAUACGAGGGGAAGUUGACGUCUCAAGGGAAGCUGCUGCAGCAGGAGACCUUCUGCGUUUUGGAGCAGGACGGAGGAGUUUUGUCUCGCAGUAAAGAGCGCCGAGUCUUCCUGUUCGAGCAGAUCGUCAUCUUCAGCGAGCUGCUGCGAAAAGGCUCCAACAACCCGGGAUACCAGUUCAAGAACAGCAUCAAGGUGACUUACCUGGCGAUGCAGGACAGCGUGGACGGGGAUCCCUGUAAGUUCGUGUUGUGGUCUCGCGGCUCAGCGGAGCGCUUCACGCUGCAGGCGUCCUCCGCCAGCAUCAAGCUGACCUGGGUGGAGACCAUCGCCACCCUGCUGGACGCUCAGAACAACUUCCUGUCAGCCCUACAGUCUCCCAUCGAGUACCAGAGGAAGGAGGGCGGGAUCUCUGUGACCCGCCCUUUGUCGUCAGGACGACCGCCGUCGGCCCCGCCCACACCCAACGGCCACGCCCCUCAGCCUCCUCCUGACAGCGAGCAGGACGACCAGGAGCUGGUGCUGGUGCUGCAGGACUUCGUGGCGGUUCGGGAGGACGAGAUCUCCGUGUUUCGGGGCGAGAAGGUUCAGAUUCUGGCGUCCAACCAGCAGGGUCAGAGUCUAGUGUACCGGCCCGCCAACAGCGACUCGCCGGCCGCCGAGGGCUGGGUGCCGCGCAGCGUGCUCAACACACACUGACACACACACACGCGCGCACACACACACACACACACACACACACACACACACACACACACACACAUACACUGACAGCAGAGUCCCGUUUACUCAAGUACACGCCAAAUACUGCAGGCCGUCAGAGCCAAAGGCAUGCUGGGAAAUUUAUCACAGUGGUUAGAGUGGAGCCUCAGGAUGGUGACAUCAGCGAGCCCAAAAAAACCCAAAAUAUCAAAUCAAUGACUGAACGCGGCCGAUGUUUCCUGCAGCGCCGCCAUCAGGACAAACUUUACGUUUCUCAAAAUUUACCUCGGCGAUUAAAUAACGUUAUUUUUCUGUCAUUUUUGCUUAUUUGAACUGUCUUCUAU